GCACGGUGGUGAGUGGCGGGCGACAGUGAGUGUCCGGCAGGCGCGACAGCUGGUGCUGCAACCCCACUCCGCGCUCUUGGGAUACCGCACUUCAUGAGUGCUGGAAAUAGGUGUAUCUAAACUGUUACUGAAGAAAUGUACAACUGACUGGAUCACUCGUGAGAUGUAUCGUCUACAGACGGUGAUGAUUUGAUGAUGUCACCGCUAUGAUAUCACAGGUCACGUUAGGUUACCACAGUUACCGGUGAUGCCCCUGGACCAUGAGCGCCACCUUUCUUCUGCACGUUUCCACUCUGCUCUCACUCUUCAUCUCCUCAGCGAUUGAGGGAGUGCAGAUAACAGGUCUAUUCGUGCCACCGGAGGUUCAGAAUGGCAGUGACCAUGCCGUACUGGAUUGUGAAUACUCCCUCAGACCUGAAGAGCUACAGCCCAGCUCUGGCCUGGUGGUCAAGUGGUUCUACAACAACAGCCCAGCUCCGGUCUACCAGUGGAUCCCCGGCAACAAGCCUCAGGAUUUGGGCGUGCUCAAGGGCAGACUCAGCCUGGAGUACCGCGCUUCUCAGCACAACGGAACCGCUCAUCGUGCUCUCUACAUCAUUCAGCCCACGACUGACCUGUCCGGGGAGUACAAGUGUGCGGUGUCUACCUUCCACGAGGAGGACUUUAUGAACAAGCGCAUGCUUGUUUAUGCGCCAGAAAAACGGAUAGAUGUGUUCCAGACCAAGACAGAACUACAAGGGGUGAACGUUUCCUGUCGAGCUCUCGGUGUAUUUCCGGAGCCUAAGAUGGUCCUCUACAAGGGCAAUGAUAUCAAAAGAAUGACACUGAUGACUGGGGCCAGCCUGGAGUCUGUGUUCAAGGAUGGGGGAUAUGACGUCACAAUCACAGGUUUUCUGCACGAUGAGGAGCUCAACUCCCCAGUCAUCAUAGAUUGUGAGCUCAGUAUCCCAGAAACCUCCUAUGUGCGAAGGAAACUGAUGCAUUACUAUCCAGGGAGAGCUCUUGCUUGGAUUGCGGAAGACAGCGGUGGUGCGUCACUUCCUGUGGCAGGUCUGACAUCCGGUCUUCUGAACCUGUUAUGCUGGAUACUUCCGCUGUGCUGGCAGAUCCUCACCUGAGCAGUGCAGUAGUGUGUCAAGUAUUGUGCGGACAGCGGAAGACAGCGGUGGUGCGUCACUUCCUGUGGCAGGUCUGACAUCCGGUCUUCUGAACCUGUUAUGCUGGAUACUUCCGCUGUGCUGGCAGAUCCUCACCUGAGCAGUGCAGUAGUGUGUCAAGUAUUGUGCGGACAGCGGACAUCUAUUUUAUUACUUUGUGCCAUAGAACACAUAUCCAACCAUAUUUUGGAAUAUAUCGUCUACCAAGUUGUGUAUUCAUACGUGUGCUAAAAAGUAGUGUAAAUAAGCCGGUUCUGGAACAAAUUUCAAAAACAUAUUUAGAAGUAACGUUUUUGUAUAAAUCUUAGUAGUAAUAAAAUAUUUGCUUCUCAGAUGGAAUUUGUGUCAGGACGACCUUAUUUAAAUUACUCAUACCAACCAUGUUGUUUAAUGAUCAUUCAGCUUUUACCAUACAUUUAACAAGAUUUUAUCAGAGUUUAUAAUUAUCUAUUUA